UGGUAAGACAUUUAGAGCUAUGUAAAAUGAAUUCCUUCCCUUCAGUGAUGAUAUUGAUUUGAUAAGCCUUGCAUAUUGCGUCUAUACUUUACUUAUGAUAUUUUAAGGAUAACGACAUAUAGUGUAACAAAUAUCAUCCUGGCAUAUGAAUGGAUUUAAAAAAUGGUAAUAAAGUGAACAUGGAACAGAGUGGCUUAAUAAGCACAGGCCAAUCAGAAAAUGUAGAUGCCCAGGCAGAGCAACCUGUGAAUGCACUAUAUGACCCAGAAAGAGAUGAUGCUGGGACGCAGAGUGCUGAAAGAACAUCGAUGCAAUCUCGAAAAAAGUUGCUCGAAGAAGGCGCUAACAGUUUCGCUGGAUUCUUGUACUGGACACACGUGAUCGGUGUAAUAUUUUUGAUAGUUGGUUUUGUUGCCCCGGGCUGGCUGACUAUAAAAACAAGACAGACAGUUCUAGAAGAAUAUGGUACUUCUUUAACCAGUAAACUUGUGUUUCAAGACUAUUCUCUGUGGUAUAUUACACAAUGUACGUUUUCGGAUGACGUCAUGAUAUGUGAUUCUAUAACGUACCGCCUUAUCAACGCAGCUUUGAGGGGAACCUGCGGCUCGUGCCAUAAACUGCGGAUCAAUGAAUAUGAAACUGAAAGUUUCAUGGUAUAUUCUGGUGCUGGUUUAGUUUUCAGCUAUGGUGAGUUUGUAAGGGCUCAGGUGCUGUAUACACUAGGGAUUUUGAUAGCUGUUGGUAGUUUCCGGGAAUUCCGCUCCUUUCGCAUAAAUAUUAAGAAGGCCCAAGAUGUGAACAUGACUACAAAAGCAUGGGUUUUUCUCCUGUUGACAGAGUCACUUUGUGGUGCGUAUUUUCUUGCUGCUAUUAUACUUGAUGCAAACAUAGAUAUAAGCAGCCUGUUUUGUUUCCUAUCCAGCGUUUAUGUUUCUUUUGAUGAACUUCAACAUCGAGAGUGGGGUUCAAACGCCGGUUGGAUCCGUGUUAGCUGUGUUAGGAGGUAUAAUGAUGGCGUUGGUGACUUUUACGAUCCUUCUUCAAAUUAUUUGUUGCAGGAACAACAAGAAUGUUUAUCUCUGCUAUUCAGAAAUGGAGUCAGAGAAACCUAACCCAGAAGAUGAUGAGUGUGACAUAUGAACUUGUUACAUACAUCGCGUGAACUCCAUGCAAAAAAUGGAAAUUUGAACACCACGCGUUGCUUAAUUAUUCUAUCUGAAUAUUCGUUUGCAAGUACAAAAUAUAUGUUCACAUUCGAUAAUAAAUACUUUUUGGGUAAAAUCUGGACUACUAUAAUGUCACUAAUUAUUAAUUAUAAGAUAUAAUGUAAUAAGAAAGGAUAAAUCUAAAAUUUUAAAGUACAUUGCCUAAGAGAGUAGUUGCUCGUGAUCAAUGUCAUAAAAAGAGUGAUGUAAAAUUAUAAGAAUAUGAACGAAGAAAAAUGCUUAACAUUUGGAGUUUGCAGCAUUUCCUACAACCGCUGAUUGAUUUCUAGAAUCACGUACCAAGAGAUCACGCACAAAAGAUACAUAUACCUUAUGACAUAUUCAAAAUUAUAUUAUUUUUAUCCUUUAAAAAAAAGUUUGGGCUAUAAUUCAUUAUGUAAUGUAGCUGCAUGCCUCCAGAUGUAUAUUUCAAUAAAAUCAAACUUGAGAAAAAUGUACUUUUAUGUAGAUUUUAGGAAAAGUAAACAUAUUCAAGAUUCAAGUAAUAUUUUACAUGUUUUUUUGCGAUUAAUGACUGAUUUUUCAGAAUUUAUAACUAUAUUUCUACUGCGUUACUAACGCAGUAAGGGCUAUUUUUACAUAUUUUGUCCUCUUUUUAGUAGUUUACUUGGGUUGUAAGUGCCAUUUAUAAUGUUAAUUUGCUUCCGUUUGGUUAUUUCACUAUAUAACACUUUUAAAUACAUUUUCAAAAUGUUCAUGAAAAUUAGCAUGAAUCUGGAGUCGUGCUGCUUUCGAGCUCAGUUAUGCUUGUGACCAUAUACACAUGCAUCAUUUAGUGGUGUUCAUCAUAUUUUAAAACGCGGAAGUGUUUUCUGUUACGAUAAUAAUGGCGGAUCAUAACAUCUGCAAAAUGUGAUGUUCUCUAGAUAAUGUUAUAUUUAACCUCAUUUUAUUCACUAAAUUGAUCUCAAAACUGCAUGAAUGAAUUUAUUUUAUCAUUUUAAGUGCUUUAUUGCAAAAUGAAAAAUAUGCAAGUGAACGUGAAUUUUUUAACUGUGUGAGUAUUGAUGAAAAGAUCAUAGCAAAGUUUUGACUAGAAGCGGUCUUAGAGGAAUGUCUCUGUACAUUAAAUUUGCUUAUUUUUUGUUAUUAUUCUGGUAGACGGAGAACGGAGAAAAGA